AUGUGGGUGCCGCUCCCCGUUUAUCUACUCCUGUUGGGCCCGUUCUUUUAUGGCUGCUCAUGUUUCCUGUGCCCGAGGAUCUGCCGAUGCUCCACCCAGACAAUCAGAUGUAUGGAUCCAGCAGAUGCAGAGAAGGAUCAAUGGAACAAAAGACUGUUUCUUUAUCACCUUUCUUUUAAAACUAUAUCGAGCCAUUCUUUUGAGGAUUUGAGAGGAGUUCGGAGGAUUGAGAUUGCCCAAAGUGUAACCCUGGAAAGCAUCAAGGAACUAGCAUUUAGCAACCUUCUAAACCUCUCUGAGAUUUCAAUCCAGAAUGCCAGGAGUCUCAGACACAUCGACAGAAGAGCCUUUAACAAUCUUCCAAAUCUUCACUAUUUGAGCAUCUCAAACACUGGAAUAACAGUCUUCCCAGACGUUACAUCAAUCGGUUCUCUCAAAUCAGACUUCAUUCUGGAAAUAUGUGACAACCUUCAUCUACUGGAAUUGCCUCCAAAUUCUUUUCUUGGAAUGACUGAGGGAUAUGUUGCAUUGAACCUCUACAACAAUGGUAUCAGAGGGAUACACAACCACGCCUUCAAUGGGACAAAGAUAGAUAAGCUGUUAUUAAAGAAUAAUCGUCACCUUAAAGUGAUCCACAGUGAUGCUUUCCAAGGAGCCACUGGUCCUGGAGUCUUGGAUGUUUCUGCAACAGCUCUUACAAAGUUACCUGCUCACGGACUGGAUGCUGUUCUGGUGCUGUCUGCUCAGUCAGCAUAUGGUUUGAAAAGCUUGCCUCCCCUGAAGGGUCUGAGCAGCCUUCGAGAGGCCCAUCUCACCUAUAAUAGCCACUGUUGUGCCCUUCUGAGCUGGAGCACUCACAGGGACUCUUCAGCUAACCAUCCAUGGGAUAACAUAUCUACAUCAUGCAAAAAGGGGAAUCCAUCAGCAAGAUGCCAGGUUGCUCUCAGAGGCACAGAUGGAACACCUUCACUGGGGAGCUUGUCUUAUUUUUCUGAAGCUGACCAGGAUGACACCUUCCAAGAUCUGGACUUCCACUAUCUGGAGCUGGGCUUCUAUCGCUCACACCCAAUAAUCUGCACGCCGGAGGAAGAUGCUUUCAAUCCCUGUGAGGAUCUCUCCGGUUUUAGUUUCCUCAGAGUUGCUAUUUGGUUCAUCAACAUCCUCGCUAUCACAGGAAACCUGAUGGUGCUUCUGGUUUUCUUUACCAGCCGGACCAAGCUGACCGUCCCUCGCUUCCUCAUGUGCCACCUGGCUUUUGCUGACCUCUGCAUUGGCGUUUACCUUCUUAUAAUAGCUACAGUAGACCUGAGGACUCGUGGUCACUACAGCCAGAAUGCCAUUGAGUGGCAAACCGGGCCGGGCUGUAGUGCUGCAGGAUUCUUGUCUGUGUUUGGUGGUGAGCUGUCAGUCUACACGCUUUCCACCAUCACCUUGGAGCGGUGGCACACCAUCACCAAUGCUCUACAUGUAGAGCGUCAUCUUGUCCUGACGCAGGCUGCAGGUAUAAUGGCAGCUGGUUGGUUACUCUGUCUAGGUAUGGGGAUGCUGCCACUGGUUGGUGUUAGCAGCUACACUAAAGUCAGCAUGUGCUUACCCAUGGACAUAGAGACUCCUCUAGCUCAGGCCUUCAUCAUCAUCAUUCUACUCCUCAAUGUGGGGGCCUUCAUUAUUGUGUGUGUCUGUUAUGUGCUUAUUUACCUGGCUGUGAAGAACCCAGAGUUCCCGGAAAGAAGCGCAGACACCAGGAUAGCAAAACGCAUGGCUGUCCUCAUCUUCACCGACUUCCUCUGCAUGGCGCCCAUCUCCUUUUUCGCUAUUUCUGCCGCCUUUAAGGUUCCUCUCAUCACAGUCACAAACUCCAAGAUUCUGUUGGUCCUCUUCUUCCCCAUCAAUUCCUGCGCCAACCCCUUCCUCUAUGCUAUUUUUACCAAGGCCUUCAGAAAAGAUGCCUAUCAACUCAUGAACGUCAUUGGAUGCCAUAAAAGCAAGGCCGACGUUUAUCGUUGGCAUUGCUGCUCAGAAAAUGCAAUAAAAAGCAACCUGAGAUCCAAUAAUAAAGGAUCCCAGAUUGGAGUAAACCUAGCUCCCAAAUCACAUCAGGAACUUCAACCUAAAGAUGAGCAGGAGAUAACCUGA